AUGGAUGUCACGAUGGCCAACGUGGGUCACGGUCAGGCCUUCAACCCGGCCUCGUACGCUCGCGCCAUGUUUGGUUCCCCCAUCUCCUGGCGCACAGGCUUCUCUUUCAAUUCAAGCAUGUACCCCCACACUUUUCAGUCGCUUGGCAACUUCGACCCGAACAGCGGCACGCUAUCGUCGUCCACCGAGAGUGAUUGCGACCCGUUUACGCGGACGGAGAGCGAGUUUUGCCGCAACUUUACGUGCUGCGGAUUGCACCUCAGCGACAUGCACGCGCUCGUCGAACACUUUGAAGAGGCGCACGUCGUGGUCGUCGACCCGGGCGCACACCAUCCUCAUCACCCCCAAAACAUGAACUACCCGGCACCUCAGCCGCAGGGCUUUGACCCGGCUGACAACAUGGAGCUCGACUAUCAGUCUCCCAGCUCUUCGGAUUCGUCCCCUCCCAAGACGCCGCCCUGUGUGCCCGCAAUCCCUACUCAGGCUCCCUACGUGAGUCCGCCGUACUCCACGCUCUCUAGUCAGCCGCGCAACGCGUGCCCCAGCCCGGUCUCUGCGUUAGACACCAUCGUCGUCCUGCCCUCCCAUGCCACCGCAUCAGAGGCAUAUGUGAACUACACGCCGCUUCCAGCAGUAAUUCAUGAUCAGCACGAGCACGAACAAGUCGCCGUUGCUCCGGUCAUGCUCUUCGCUCGCGACAACACCGUGCAAGUGAAGCAAGAGCCUGAUACCUUCAAAGCGGCUGCGCCCUUUACGUCCGCACAGCGAAUUCCCUCGCCCACAGGCACAGCGCCUCCCGCGAGCUCGGCAGGCUCUCGUCCCGCCUCGUCGCUUCUCCUCUCCAAUCCCUUCCGCUGCCCCAAGCCUAAUUGCAACAAGUCUUACAAGCAGGCAAACGGCCUCAAGUACCACAUGACGCACGGCUCGUGUUCGUUCGCCCCACCGAAGGAUCGCGAAGCCAUCCAAGCUUUGCUCGCCGAGAGGGGACUCAGCGCUGAGGAUGAUCUCCCGGAGAGCGACGCGCGUGAAGUCGAGCAGGAAGCGCGACGCCGCCUUCGUCCGUUCGCAUGUGUCGUUGGCGAGUGCACGCGCCGUUACAAAAACAUGAACGGCCUACGGUACCACUACCAGCACUCAGGCAAGCACGGUGCCGAAGGUCUCCGCCUCCUUGCUUCCGGCGAGCACGAGUGCCCGCGGUAUCAUAACCGACGGGCGCGUCAAGCCUCUGCCGCGGCGAAGGUGGCUGCAAACAGACGAGGCACGCUGAUACCUGUCAGCCAAUCCACUCUGACCGUUCAGCGGCAACCUCAACACUGA